AUGCUAGAAUAUUGGAAGAGGUUAAGGGGGGAGGAGAGGGAGGUUGAGGGGGUAGAGAGAAGGAGAGAGAGAGAGAGAGAGAGAGAGAGAGAGAGAGAGAGAGAGAGAGAGAGAGAGAGAGAGAGAGAGAGAUGGCCCCUCGUUUCCGUUGUCUCUAGGCGUGUUCGCCCCUCGUCGCUCUCACCGGGCAUCCAUUGUGGGGGUUAA